CACAACAGGAAGUAAAAUAAAAGGGGAUGCAUUUUUUGCAUAGCGUCAGACCAUAGAUCUAUCUCGUGCUUAAAACACAACAAAUAAACAGCAGAGGAUAGCUCUUUGGAAUUUCAUAAUCAGAAUUGGUGAAUGUUUGGAAAGAUUAAGAGUAAAUGAUCAGCGAGGGAUUUACAACGGAAGAAGCGUAUAUUAUCUAUGGAGGCUAUGUUUCAGAGUGAAACAUUACUUAACCGCCGAGUUCCACCUGAAAAAAGGGUCAGAAACCUAUUGUGAUUUGGACUCAUGAUAUAUGAGUGCUGACAAUGGCAACAUCUCCUUAUGUCUCAACACCAGAAACAACGAACUUAAACAGAGCUUCUCGUGUUGUGCUUGGACCAUGCACAGAUGGACUCCGUGACACACUGCGUUACUACGUCCAGCCACCAACAUUUCCUAGCGUCAUCAAACAAAUGAAAUCCAAUCUUCCUAAACUGUCAUUAGAUCAGAGAAAUUUAAUUCUACCUCAACAUGGAAGCUACAAUGGAAGUUACGAUGAUAUGGAUAUUUCCUUAUUGUAGAUACUUUUAAGAAAUAUUUGCGAUAUACCUCCACAUUCCAAUGGCUGGAGUAAAGACCCAGACCCUAAUGACAAGUCUAUUUCUGCAAAUAUCGAAAGAAUUCGUUUGGCCCGGAAUAAGAUUGGGCACUCCUCAGCUACAUCUUUGUCUACCGCUGAAUUUACCUCGAUCUGGCUUACCGUCCGAGCAGCAAUGGUGUAUCUGGACACUUUCCUGCAAAACGGAAACAAGUAUGAGAAACACAUCGAUUUUCUCAGUUGCGAAACAAUGAACCCCGAACGUGAUCAGUAUUACCUAAAUGAAUUGAGGAAACAGGUCAUCGAAGAUCAGCAGACCAGGGAAAUGGUUGUUGACCUCCAAAAAGAAGUGAUGGAAUUCAAGAAAUCUACAACCACUCUCUAUGAAAGAGAGAAAAUUUUGGAAAUGACGGAAUCUCCAAUUCCUCGCAAUGUGAGAGAACAAUACAGGAUUGAACUUCAGAAAUGGAGUGAGGAAGACAAACUUUACCAUGAAACUCACAGAUUCCCUUCAAUGAUGAAGAUAGUACGAAACCAAUCUUUCGUAACAUUUGUUGGUGUGCCUGGGUCCGGGAAGUCUGCCACAGCUCAUCAUAUCGCCCUCAAGCUCAACAAAGAAGGUUAUGAGGUUGUACCAACCAAAGACAUCAGAAAACUAGAGGAUUACUGUAAUCCUUCUAAUCCACAGGUUUUUGUUAUUGACGAUGUGGUGGGUGUUUUUGGUAUGCAGAAAACAAAAUUAGAUGUGUUGGAAGAUUAUAAACAACAAAUAACAACUCCAUGCCUAGCAAAGUCUAAAACAUUGAUGACAUGUAGAGAGGCAGUGUUCAAUGAGGUGCAAUCAUACCAAACGUUGUUAACCGACGAAUCAACUGUAGUAAAGUUGCAUAGUUCUGAGAAUGCAUUAAAUGAUAAUGACAAGAAACAAAUUCUUCAGAAGUAUGACUUGGGUAUUCAGAAGUAUGAUUUAGACGUCGAUUCACAGUUAUCUUCAUUGCCGGAGUCGUCAUCCCGCAUGUUUCCACUUCUCUGUAAAUUGUUUUCAAAGGAAGAUAAUUUCAAAACUCUUGGUGAAAAGUUUUUCAUGAAGCCAGUUCAAUGCAUCAUGAAAGAAUUGGAUAGGAUGCAAACACAUAACAAGCUACAUUACACAACUCUUGUUUUGUGUGUGAUACACGACAAUUGCCUCUCAAGAAAUGUUUUGAAUGAUGAGGAUUUUGCGAACAGAAAAAGCAAUGUGUUAGAAAAAUGUAAAUUAGAAGCCCACACAGACACGUUCAAGUUUGAGGAUGCCUUGUCAGCAAUGGAAGGAACAUACACAAAACAGAAUGCUGAUGGACAAUACUCAUUCAUCCAUGAUUCUUUAUACGAAAUCUGUUCCUGUCAUUUUGGCAAACAGUUUCCUGACCAAAUAUUGGAAUACAUGAGUAGUAUUUAUAUUGCUAAUUUUGUCAAACCUCAGACAAAUGAAACGAGAAUGACAGAGAAGCAAAAUUUUACUAACUCGUGUGAUGAAAGUAGUGAAGAAAACGAAGGCAGAAGUAGGAAAGAAGAUGGAUGUAAUGAAAGUAAAGAGAACGAUAACGUCAAUGAUAGUAAGGAUUCCCUUGAUCUUUGCAUAACGUUACGCGAGGAUCAGUAUCCACUGUUAGCAAGGAGGCUAUACAGAGACAUAAAGAAAAUGGAGCUGUAUGACGUUUUCAGAAAUCCUGUUUUAAAACAUCCCAAGGUCUGUCAAGAUUUCAUUGCUGAGUUGGAGACAAAACCGUACGCAGAAUUGAAGUCUUUAUUUCUGCACCAACACAAACACAUAGAUAAGAUAAUGCGUAAACAUGAAAGCAUAUUGGAGGGGAGUGAAGACAUAUAUCAAUGGAGUGAGCAGAAGGAAAUACAGAGGCUGCUUGUGGUUGAAAGAGUGAUUUUGGAUGGAACAAUGUCACAUGUGAGAGUGAUUAGUUGGGUGAUUUACUAUGGGCAUAGCGAAAUAUUAAAGUUCAUUGUAGAACAAACUCAACAGCACCAAGAAGGAAGUGAAUUAUUUAUGAUUACAAGAAAUUCACAGUAUGAACACACGGAUAACAAAGGAACACAGAUAUCCGAAGCCACAGUUGCUGGAUCAAAUGACCAGUACAUAGAUAUUAAUUCAGCUUCAGAGCAGAUCAGAUUACUUCUUCUGAGUUGUUACAGUGGUGAUGUAGAAACACUCGAGAACAUUCUAGCUCAUGCCAGUCUGCGAUCCAUUGAUAGAACAUAUCAUGAUGAUGCAGACGAAACUGAUUUUUUGCCACUAAGGUCUCCUCUAACAAUUGUGUGUAGGCGUGGAUAUGCAGUGAUGGCACAUAAGCUACUAAAGGCGGGUGCUGAUAUUAAUAUUCAGGAUAGAAGCAAAGUUACACCACUGGUAGCUGCAUGCUAUGAAGGACAUGUGGAUGUGGUCAAAGCGUUGGUGAAGGAAAAGGCUAAUUUGGAUCUUCAAGAUCGUCACGGAGACACACCACUGGUAACUGCAUGUCGUAAUGGACAUGUCAAUGUGGUAGAGAUUCUAGUGAAAGCAGGGGCUGAUAUGAAGAAGAGUGAUGAAAAUGGAUUCAAACCCCUGGUAACUGCGUGUCAUGAAGGACAUGCGAACGUGGUAAAAGUCCUACUGGAAGCAGGGGCUGAUAUCACAGAACUUGAUAAAAAUGGGUACACACCACUAGUAACUGCAUGUCAUGAAGGACAUGUGAGUGUGGUAGAAUUACUAUUGAAUGAAGGGGCUGAUAUCAAUGAAAGUGAUAAAAAUGGGUACACACCACUAGUAGCUACAUGUCGUAAAGGACAUACGAGUGUGGUAGAAUUACUAGUGAAUGCAGGGGCUGGUAUCAAUGAAAGUGAUAAAAAUGGGUACACACCACUAGUAGCUACAUGUCGUAAAGGACAUAAGAGUGUGGUAGAAUUACUAGUGAAUGAAGGGGCUGGUAUCAAUGAAAGUGAUAAAAAUGGGUACACACCACUAGUAAUUGCAUGUUUGCAAGGAUGUAUAAGUGUGGUGGAUGAGUUAGUGAAGCUGAAGGCUAAUGUGAAUCAUCGGGAUGGAAAGGGAGACACACCACUGGUAACUGCAUGUCAUAAAGGACAUGUGAGUGUGGUAGAAUCGCUAGUGAAAGCAGGAGCUGAUAUCAACGCAAGUGAUAAAAAUGGGUGCACACCACUGGUAACUGCAUGUCGUGGAGGGCAUAAGAGUGUGGUAGAAUUACUAGUGAAUAAAGGGGCUGACAUCAAUGAAAAUGAUAAAAAUGGGUGCACACCACUGGUAACUGCAUGUCGUGGAGGGCAUAAGAGUGUGGUAGAAUUACUAGUGAAUAAAGGGGCUGACAUAAAUGAAAAUGAUAAAAAUGGGUACACACCACUGGUAACUGCAUGUCGUGAAGGGAAUAAGAGUGUGGUAGAAUUACUAGUGAAUGCAGGGGCUGGUAUCAAUGAAAGUGAUAAAAAUGGGUACACACCACUAGUGAUUGCAUGUUUGCAAGGAUGUAUAAGUGUGGUGGAUGAGAUAGUGAAGCUGAAGGCUAAUGUGAAUCAUCGGGAUGGAAAGGGAAACACACCACUGGUAACUGCAUGUCAUGAAGGACAUGUGAGUGUGGUAGAAUUGCUAGUGAAAGCAGGGGCUGAUAUCAACGCAAGUGAUAGCAAUGGAUACACACCGUUGGUAACUGCAUGCCUCAAAGGAUAUGUCAAUGUAGUGAUUGAGUUAGUGAAAAUGAAGGUUAAUGUGAAUCUUCGGGAUGGCAGGGGAAACACACCCUUAGUAACUGCAUGUCAUAAAGGACAUGUGAGUGUGGUAGAAUUACUAGUGAAUGAAGGGGCUGAUAUCAAUGAAAGUGAUAAAAAUGGGUACACACCACUAGUAACUACAUGUCGUAAAGGACUUACGAGUGUGGUAGAAUUACUAGUGAAUGCAGGGGCUGGUAUCAAUGAAAGUGAUAAAAAUGGGUACAUACCACUAGUAACUGCAUGUUUGCAAGGAUGUAUAAGUGUGGUGGAUGAGUUAGUGAAGCUGAAGGCUAAUGUGAAUCAUCGGGAUGGGAAGGGAAACACACCACUGGUAACUGCAUGUCAUGAAGGACAUGUGAGUGUGGUAGAAUUACUAGUGAAAGCAGGGGCUGAUAUCAACGCAAGUGAUAGCCAUGGGUACACACCGUUGGUAACUGCAUGCCUCAAAGAAUAUGUCAGUGUAGUGAUUGAGUUAGUGAAAAUGAAGGUUAAUGUGAAUCUUCGGGAUGGCAGGGGAAACACACCCUUAGUAGCUGCAUGUCGUAAAGGACUUACGAGUGUGGUAGAAUUACUAGUGAAUGAAGGGGCUGAUAUUAACGAAAGUGAUAAAAAUGGGUACACACCGUUGGUAACUGCAUGCCUCAAAGAAUAUGUCAGUGUAGUGAUUGAGUUAGUGAAAAUGAAGGUUAAUGUGAAUCUUCGGGAUGGCAGGGGAAACACACCCUUAGUAGCUGCAUGUCGUAAAGGACUUACGAGUGUGGUAGAAUUACUAGUGAAUGAAGGGGCUGAUAUUAACGAAAGUGAUAAAAAUGGGUACACACCGUUGGUAACUGCAUGCCUCAAAGAAUAUGUCAGUGUAGUGAUUGAGUUAGUGAAAAUGAAGGUUAAUGUGAAUCUUCGGGAUGGCAGGGGAAACACACCCUUAGUAGCUGCAUGUCGUAAAGGACUUACGAGUGUGGUAGAAUUACUAGUGAAUGAAGGGGCUGAUAUUAACGAAAGUGAUAAAAAUGGGUACACACCGUUGGUAACUGCAUGCCUCAAAGAAUAUGUCAGUGUAGUGAUUGAGUUAGUGAAAAUGAAGGUUAAUGUGAAUCUUCGGGAUGGCAGGGGAAACACACCCUUAGUAGUUGCAUGUCGUAAAGGAUUUACGAGUGUGGUAGAAUUACUAGUGAAUGAAGGGGCUGAUAUUAACGAAAGUGAUAAAAAUGGGCACACACCACUGGUAAAUGCACGUGUUCAUGGACAUGUAAAUGUAGCUGAUAAGCUAGUGGAAUUGGGAGCUGACGACAAUCUAAAGUCUUAGUUGGGGUACACACCAUUUGGAUAUGCGAGUUUUAAAGCAACUGUGAAAAUGUUAUUGAAGUAUUGCGUUGAUAUACAUCAAUGGGAUAGAAAAAGGAGAACAGCAUUAGAAAUUGCACAUAUAGAGGAAAAUAAAAGUGUGAUAGAGGAGCUAGAGAAGGCUUUGAUCAGUUGUCAAUCUACGAUUUUGACAAUAGAGCGAGUGCGAUAAUCUAUGGUUGCGCUGAAUGUUUUCAUUCAUCCAUUACCAUACAUUGAAUAAUUAGUGCUAAACCAUUAUGACGGCAAGUAGAGCAUCAGUUUUGACUGCACCAAAUUCCAAAUACGUUAAAUGAGCCUUUUACAUCAAUCAAAGAAUUAACGGUUUUAUCCUCCGCCACAUAGUGGUCGGGGUAUAUAGGUUUACCUUUGUCCGUCCUUCUGCAACACCCAGUUUUCCGGACUUUUUUCUAAACGCCUUGAGAUAUUGAAUUGAUUUUUUAGUAUGCAGGUUUACAUUGAGGAAUUACAGAUCGAGUUUGAGUUUUGUUCCGCUUCGUUGUUUUUGCUGGUGAUGUGCCCCCUCAAUUUAGAAAAAUUAAUGUUAGGACCAGUUUUCUAGACUUUUUUCUCAAUGCAACGAGAUAUUGAAUUGAUUUUUUGUAUGCGGUUGUAUAUUGAUGAGUUACAAAUCGAGUUUGAGUUUUGUACUGGUUAGUUGAUUUUUUAUGGAGUUGUUCCCUUUAACGUAGAAAAAAAUUAUUUAUUUCUAUGGCUACUAAAUGCGUGUAACAUACAAUGCUAUACUUCGAUGGAUUUCCUACAUUUGACUUUACUGAAGUCGGAGGCAUUCGUAUCGUGCCGACACAUCUAGCUAUCAUUAUAAAGUGAGUCACGUAUUUAGAUUCGAUUUUCUGUUUCAUUUCCAUUUUUAAAGAAUUUUUGUAAUUACAAUUUUUGGGUUUAUCCUUGGAAAUUAUUUAAAAUGCUCAACAUUUUAGCGCCUGAUCUGAUGUUUUGCAUCAAGAUUAUCUUGUAUAACAUGUGAUGUGAUUGUUGAAUCAAAUGGGAUGGAAAUAAAACUACAUUGUUGAAAUAUAACUAGAUAUUUUGUUCAAGACAUCGGGAACAGAAUAUCUUGAAUUACCCAUUUAACUCAAGUUGAACAAAUUAUACAUAAAUGAAUGAAUUUUUUUAAUCCUCAUAAAGUGAGUCAUGUAAUCAAAUUCAAUUUUUUGUUUAUUUCCAUUUUUAAAUAAAAAAAAAAAUAUUACAA